AUCACUGCAGUGAGCCAGUCCAUCUGGCAUUCCGGGGUCCGGACUGUACUGGUUUUUACCCAGUCCCUGUUUUCUUGCUGAUAUACCCUGCAUUGCUUUCGCACAAGAGCUUCUGAGAGCCUUUUCUGAGCCUAAUAUAUAAUUCCACAUGCACAGGGGCAUCCUUACCUUGCUUCAUGCCAUCAUGCAUAAUUUGUAUAACGACCCAUCAAUGUAAAAUGAUUAGCAAUAGAGAUUAUACAGGCGGUGGUCCCUGUCCAAGCAAAGCAACAAUAGUAGGAAAGACAGUAAUAGUAACUGGUGCUAAUACAGGCAUUGGAAAGGAAACCGCUUUGGAGCUUGCAAAAAGAGGUGGCAGAAUAAUUAUGGCGUGUCGGGACAUGGGAAAAUGUGAAAAUGCUGCAAAAGAAAUCCGUGGAAAAACAUUAAAUCAUAACGUGUUUUCCAAACAUCUGGACUUAGCAUCUAUUAAAUCUAUCAAAGAAUUUGCAAAAAACAUACUACAAGAAGAGGAACACAUAGACAUUCUCAUAAACAAUGCUGCAAUAAUGAGGUGCCCUCACUGGAAAACUGAAGAUGGGUUUGAAAUGCAGUUUGGAGUUAACCACCUGGGCCACUUCCUGCUAACUAACCUGCUGCUAGACAGGAUGAAGAACUCUGGCCAGUCCCGUAUUAUUAAUGUAUCAUCCUUGGCUCAUGUAGCAGGAGAGAUUGACUUUGCGGAUUUAAAUUGGGAGGAGAAGAAAUAUAACACAAAAGCAGCUUACUGUCAGAGCAAGCUCGCCAAUAUUUUGUUUACUACCGAACUGGCUAAUAGGCUGCAAGGAACAGCAGUCACGGCCAAUUCCCUUCACCCAGGAGUUGCAGAUACUGAACUGGGCAGGCACACAGGAAUGCACAAAUCUACAUUUUCCAGCACAGUAUUAAGUCCUAUGUUUUGGUUUGUAAUAAAAACACCAAGACAAGCUGCACAGUCAACUGUCUAUUUGGCUGUGGCGGAGGAUAUCCAAGGGACAUCUGGAAAAUAUUUCAAUGCGUUGAAAGAGAAAGAGCCAGGCAAGCAAGCUUUGGAUGAGGAGACUGCAAAGAAGCUUUGGGAAGAAAGUGCCAAGCUUGUGCAUCUUGACGAAGCAUUACAAGAAUUUAAAUCUUAAUCAUAUUUGAUUAGAAUGUCACACACAAUUUACCUUCAGUGAAGGUCCUGAGCCCAGAUCAUUCUGUUAAAUAUUGUAAUGUUUCAUGUAGCAAUAAAAUGAUAAGUUUUA